AUGAGUGCUAUAUCUGACUUCGAGGCUUCGAUUCCGAAAAAAAUCAAGUCUGCUUCGAUGGGUGAUAUCCCCGCAUUGGAAAUGAAAGCUUUGCUUAGAAUGGUUGUGCUCGGUCCAAGCCAAAGGAAAGGGAAGAACAAUCUUUGUAUGUUUAUUCUCAAGCAUUCGCCUCACGUAUUUGCUCAUCUAACUAUCAUUGCUCUAGAUCAGGUGCGUCAUACUCCAUUAAGCUCCAACAAACCGGAGCUUGUUAUCAUCGAUGACUAUAGCAAUGAUAAACUACUUCAGAAGAAUAUCUUCUCUCAUUACUAUACACAUGGGCGACACUUUAAACUCUCAACCAUAUUCCUAAGCCACAGCUACUUUGCCACUGAUAAGAUGAUUCGGUUGAAUUUGGAGUACGUAGCGAUUCUAAGAGCGAAUUCGAAGCGUGAUUUACAGAUGGUUAUGCUGUUCGUGGAUUCAGUCAAAGCAAAAAUUUGA